CCACACUCCGUACCUCCUGAACAGAACUGUCAUGGCAGCUCAGGUUCGUGCAGUGAUCUCUGGUCAGUGGCUAGCAAACGCGAUCAGAGCUAACCAGGUCGGUCCGAAGCUGGCUGUCCUGGACUGCUCCUGGUACCUACCCAAAGCCCAGCGGAACACCAGGGAGGAAUUCGCUCACCAACACAUACCGGGAGCCUCGUUCUUUGACGUAGACGCCUGCAGCGACAAGAGCUCCCAGUAUGACCACAUGCUGCCUUCAUCUAACUUCUUCUCUCAGUAUGUCGGAGAUCUCGGCAUCGGGAACGACACGCACGUAGUUGUGUACGACACUAGCGACUCGGGCUCGUACAGCGCGCCCCGGGUGUGGUGGAUGUUCCGGGUGUUCGGGCACAGUUCGGUCUCGGUGCUGGACGGAGGCAUGAAGCUGUGGCUGGCUGACGGACACCCGGUGACCUCCGAGUACAGCAAACCACAGAGGAGGGACUUCCGAGCGACCCUGAACGCAUCAUGGGUAAAGAGCUACGAAGAUGUUGCGGAGAACAUCAGGACCAAGAAGGUCCAGGUGGUGGACGCCAGGUCUGCUGGCAGGUUCCAGGGGACUGAACCAGAACCCAGAGAUGAUAUUCUGCCCGGGCAUUUCUCCGGAGCCAUCAACAUGCCAUACACAACCUUCCUGGAUCCCUCUGGGAAGCAUCUGGGAACUGAGGCCCUGGCUAAACUUUUUCAGGAUGCCGGGGUGGAUCUGGAGCGCCCCCUUUGGACUUCCUGUGGUUCUGGAGUCACGGCGUGUCACGUUAUUCUGGCGGCUCAUCGACUCGGACACCCAGGGGUUCCUCUGUACGAUGGUUCCUGGGUGGAAUGGUUUCGAAGAUCUUCUCCAGAAGACAUUAUCACAGAGGGAGAGAAGAAGAAGGAGUGAAUGGAUGAGGUCUUUGUAGGCUAAAAUAAAAAUAUAGCUCUAAAGUAUUCUGUUGUACAUGCAUAGGUCACAUCAGAGCAGGAUUUCUCUGCUGCCAGAAGUAUUUCAUUUUAAUUUAGACAAAUAUGGUGAUAGGACUUGUCUCCUUAUUAAUGUUACAGAUGUAGCAUGUAUUAAAUGAUGUGCCUUAAACAUGUUUAGAUUAUAAACGACAGAGCAAUGUGGGCAGAUCCAGAGGAAAUGGAGCUCUAAGCUAAUUUAUUCCAGUGUUUUGCAUUUAUUUGCAUCUACAGUGGAAGCUGUUGAGCUACGGUAAGCUGGUUGAGUCAAAAAGUACUCUAAAUAUUGCCUUAAAUGUUGACUAAUUUCAAUGUGCAAUGCUUCAUCUUCAACCUUUUCCUGACAGUUAUGUGAUCCAAAACGUUUAAAGUUAGAAAGGAUGCUACAAGUGUCAUAAAAGGCAUAAAAAAAAACAACAAAUGUUCAGAAAAUCUUGUCAGGAUGUACUAAAGUUUAUUUUUAUAGAUUGUGACUCAUAUAUUAUGUUGAUUGUUGGACUGAUGUAGAAAGACAAACAAAAAGCUAAAUAAUCUUAUAAAUAUAACAUUUGAAAUAAAAUGAAGUCUGAAGAUGUUGA